AUGUUGGGUACUAAAUUAAAUCGAUUGAUACGGCCAUUAAGACCACUGGCUCGUUAUAACACAAAUGAUGCAACAAUUACAGUAAAAUAUAAUGAUAAGAAUACUACACAAACGACCAAUGAAACUACGAAUAAUCGAGCAACGCCUUCAACUGAAAAAGUAAUUCGUGAUAAACAUCUGGCUAAUAUAACGGUUACCUCGUUUUAUUGUCAAAGUGCUAUCGAACAAUAUGCUGCCAAGCAAUCAACUCGCCUUACGCCUUUAACAAUGAUGUAUAUUGGUAAGACAGAAGAUGGUACUCACCUUCUGAGAUCAGCUCAAUAUCUGCAAAAAGAUUUACCUAUUCGUUUUGCACAUCGCAUUGAUGAUUUUCGAAAUUUACCAUUUGUUGUCGCUUGUAAUCCUCUUUUGUUAGACUCGCAUGAACGUUUUAUCAAAAUAUUUCAUACGUUACAUACAUUUCCACCAAUUAAAACGCUUGAACAAGAAAAAGAGUUUACUGAACUACUUAAAAAUACGCUCAGUUGUACUUCAGAUACAUUACCUUUAUUAGUCGAAGGUUUUCGUGAAUCAAAACGACAUAUUAAACAAGAAACACUUGUACGCAAUUUUCUUGAUCGUGCCUUGACUUCUCGAUUGGCUAUUAAAAUGUUAAUUGAACAUCAUAUUGCCAUGCGUAAAGAUAGAUCAAAUUAUAUCGGUGCCAUAUGUAUGAGCUUUUCUCCAAGAAAACUUGUUGAAUCAUCAGCUGAAUAUGUCAAGAAAGUAUGCCGUUUACAAUACGGUGUUGCACCAAAUGUUAAGAUCGAUGGUCAUGUACACAGCACAUUUCCAUAUAUUGCUACGCCAUUAUAUUAUAUUAUACCUGAAAUGUUAAAAAAUGCCUUUCGAGCUACAGUCGAACAUCAUAGACAUUCGGAUAGUGGUUUACCGACUGUUGGCGUUACAAUUGCUGUUAACGAAGAUGAACUUGUUUUUCGCAUAAAAGAUCGUGGGGGUGGUAUGUCACGUUCGGUACUUGAGAAAAUAUUCGAUUAUCAUUUUUCAUCGAGUAACUUAGCGGAUAAUACAUCUUUUUCAUAUGCCGAUUUUGACCAUCCCAUCUAUGAUCCAAUUGUUACAAGAGAUAAUACAAAUAAGAUGAGCGGAUAUGGCUUCGGUGUGCCAACGUCACGUGCUUAUUGUGAAUAUUUAAAUGGGUCAUUAACAAUUGAAACCAUGUACGGAAUUGGUAGUGACGUUUAUGUACGUGUUGGACUUUUAACUUCUGAAAAUCGUAUUGUACGAUUGUAA